AUGCCCUUCAUUUCCGCCCUCAACCAUGACGAGUUCCGCUGCGAUGAAUCUCUCGACGCCCUGCAGGCCGCCACCGCCACCGCCACCGCCGCCCCCGACCCAGCAUGCCGCCUCGGGCAUGCCCAGGCUCACCCACCACGUAUGAGCGACCGCGAGAACUCAGGAGGUCGUCCUCCGCGUGUGCGCCGACACGGACAAUGGCUGCAGCAUCGCAGACACCUUCUGGAUGCAAGAUCAGGCGGGAAAAUCCCAACACGGGCAACCCGAGAGCUCCGGCCGGCUCAGCGGUGA